AUGGAUGAAUUAGAGGUAGCUAUAUUAUGCUUGUAUGGAAAUCAAAAUUCAAGUAUCAGCAAAAAUGAAGCACAAAAAUACUGUGAGAAUUUUCAAAGUAAUAUAGAUUGCUGGAAGUAUUGUAUUAGCAAAUUUUUGACAACAGAUAAAUUAGAAGUAAAAUUUUUUUGUAUUCAUGUAAUUAAUGAAAAAUUGCAAAAUUUAAAAUUAGAAGACUUGUUAGUAAUAAAAAGCUCUUUAUUUACUUAUUUAGAAAAGAAGUAUGUAACUGCAAAUGAAGAUUCAUGUGUAGUAAAUAAAAUUCUUCAAUUAUACCUAUCAUUAAUAGAGGUAUUAUAUCCAAAUAAUAUGAAUGACGCUUUUAAAUUUCUUAUUAACUUAAUUAUGUUAAGUAACGAUAUAAAUAUAAAAACUAUUUAUAUAAAUUUCUUCGUGAAAUUAAUGAAUAUGCUAGAUAUAGAAUAUAUAGAUAAUGUGUAUACUAAAAAAAGUGUACAAACGAUAACAAAUUUAAAAGAAGCAAUUAAAGAAAAUGAUUUGCCGCUAAUUGUUGAAUGCUUUUAUUUUAUUAUGAAUUUAAAUAUUGAAGAGCUUAGUGCCUUAAGCAUUUUCACUUUAUCUAAGUAUGUAUCUUGGAUAGAUAUAAACUAUGUAGCUAAUGAUAAAAUUUUAACUUUUAUUUAUCAAUGUUUAAAUUCUCUAAAUUCUAUUAGCGAAGCUAGUUAUUGUUUUUUAACAGCUUUAAUUCGAAAAGGAAUGAAUCCACUUAAUAAAAUACAAUUUAUUGAAAAUAUAAAUAUUAUAUGUGUUAUCGAAAAUUCUCCAAAAAUUGUUGAUGUAUCUUUUGAUAUAAACAAAAAAAUUAUGAUAAAAAAAGGAGAAUUGAUUAAUCAUAUAUGCUUGGAAUUAGUUGAGUCUAUUUAUGAAAUAAACAAAUUAAAAGAUUAUAAUAUAAAUAUGUUAAAAUAUAAUGAAGUGUGUACUAAAGCUACUAAUUUCUUAUUUUUAAUUUUACCGCAUGCAUUAGAUGUAUUUGCCAUUGAUAAUUUUUAUGUAGCUAGUACAGUAGAAAAAUUUUUUAGUUUAUUUUUUACCAAGUUUAAGAGUAUUGUAGAUGCUACAUCUAUAAUUUCUUCUGAUUAUGAGAAAACAAAUAAUGAAAAUAUAAAAACGAACUCAUAUAAAAUACCUAUAAGUAAAUUAAAUGUUUUUAUUAACACACUAGUUUGCACAACUGUUAGCAAAUUUGAAUAUCCAUCUUAUAUUCAGGAAGAUUAUGAUGAAGAAGAUGAGGAAUUUAUUGCUUUUUUUAAUUUUAGAGAAAAUAUUGAAAAAUUAUAUCAGCGUUUAAUACUAUUUGAUAAAUUAAAAGCAAUUGAAAUCAUUAAAAAUGCAAUAAUUUAUUUAAAUGAAAAUUUUGAUAAUUUAAAAUGGAAUAGUAUUGAAUCCAAAUUAUAUGCUUUUUAUAUAACAACCUCUAUUUAUAGUGAAUAUAAACCUGGUAAUAAUAUUUCAAGCAAUAAUAAUAAUAAGGAUAAUAUAAGUAAUUCUAAUUCAAUUUUGAAACUAAAUAAAGAAGUUAAUGAAUCAAUAGAUUAUAACAAUUUACUUUUUGAUUGUUUAAUAGAAUUACUGAAAAAUAGAAAAAUUUUAAAUUGUACUAAUGAUCUUAUUAAUAUAAAUUUAAUGGAAAUAUUUCAUAGGUUAAAUUUGUUUUUUAUUAAAAAUCCAGAUUACGUGGAAUAUUCUCUACAUGUUUUUAUUACAAAUGGUAUUAGAAGUAAUAAAAAUAAAACAGUCAAGAAGUCAUUACAUAUUUUUAAAAAAUUUUUAAAAACAAAUUCAUAUGUUAUAUCUAACUAUAUCAAAGAUAUACUACAAUUGUUAGAAUCAUAUCUAGACAUUCCAUGUAUGUAUCAAAAGUUUGAAAAAAAUAAUAUAUUAGAAAAUACGACCCUAGAUGAAAAUACGAUAAAAGAUAUUUACAGUUUCAUUUAUUAUGGAAAAAAUUAUACAUAUGAAGAUCAAAUAGAUAUUUAUGAAAUUGUGGGGUUACUAUUGUUGCAUUAUGAUUUUACAAAAGUAAAAAGAAUAAUGAAAAAUGAUUCGCCACAUCAAAAUAGAAAUUUCAAUAACAUAACUGUCAAUAACAAUAAUAAUAAUAUGAAUAAUAACAUAAAUGAUGAAAAUGAAAAAAUAAGUGAAGAGUUCAUUUCUAAUUAUAAAGAUAGAAUUCUUUAUUUUAGAGGGAUAUUAAAUAAAUUAUUAGAAAACUUGUCUUCUAUUAAAAAUUUAUAUUUAAAUUCAUCAAAAACUCAACAUGCUAAUAUAUGUUUAAGUUUUACAUGUAGUGUAAUUAUUAAAUGCAUAGGUGCAUUAUGUAAAAAUGUAAAUAUAAACAUCACGGAUGUUUUAUUGAAUGAUUUAGACAAUACAUUAGGUAUUAUAAUUAGUGAAUCAUUAGAGCUAUUUUAUAAUAAUUAUAUAGUGAGGGAUUCUGUUCUUUUUACUUAUAGAAUUCUUUCAUAUCUAUUUAAGGAUCUAUCACUUAAUUAUACUAUUAAAAUAUUACCAUAUUUUUAUAACAUAUCAUACAACAUGAUAAUGAAUAAAAUGCAAAGAAGUACAAACAGACAAAGCAAUACUUCUAUUUCUUUUAAUAUGAUUAUGAAUACUCCUACUUCAUAUCAAAUGGCAUCCUCAUCGACAGAUGAUAUCGCAAAAAAUUCUAGUAUACACCAAGAAGAAUUAAAAUAUUUAUUUAAUGAGUUAAAUGAAUUAAGUAUAUUAGUUUGCCAUCUUAUAUCAACUCAUAAAGAAAAAUCAAUUGAUACAUUUGUUAAUCCAUAUAUAUAUAAUAUUACUCAAAUUCAUAUAAAUGUGUGGAAAUGUAUGAAUGUACAAUCUCAUGAAAUGCAAAGAGAACAAAAUUCAGUACUAUCUCCAUUAUUAUUAAUAUUAUAUAACAUAUCUUUAAAUAUUCCCUCUGCUUUUCACAAUUUAAUAUCUUUUGAAAACAUUGCAUCGAAUCAUAAACAAUUUUGUGAAAUAUUUUCUAAUGAUGAGAUAAUAAAAAAUAAAAUUUCAAAUGCUAUUACAAGUAUUUUAGUUAUUUCUUUAAAUUAUAAUAACACCAAUGAUUUUAAUAUUUGUUUAUAUUCUGCUCAAACCUUUUCCAAUAUGUUGAACAAUGCUACAUGCAUGAAUAAUCCAAACGAGAUACUAAGUAAAUAUCCUAUAAUGCAAAUUAUUGACACAUUAUGUAUAACUUUGAAGUCUCUUGAUUAUUCAGAUCCCAAAAAUAAAAGGAUAAUUCAAGAAGUUUUAAGCAUUUUUAGAUUAUUUUGUGGGUUUAAAGUAAGUGCAAAUUGUUUACCUGAUAAAGUAAUAGAAAAUUCUCAAAUUUGUUUGCAGAAUUCUCUUUUAUCUGUUUUUAAAAAUAACCCAAAUGAUAUUGCAAUUUUGCUUCAAGCUAUUAAUUCAAACAAUCAACAACAAUUUAGACAAAUUUUAUCAAAUUUAGUUGCAUAA